CGCAUGUGUGUACUUGGUAAAGGCGGAAGAUUGAAACGCCGCCUUACAUCCAUGUUUACAUCUCAUGGGACAGCAAUGACUUCUCAUCUGGGGGUUUAAGAUCCUAUUUGACAAAAGGGGUGGUCGAAAUGAAUCAUAAUGAAAGUGCAGAAGAAGAUGAGGCAAAUGAAAGUUUCUGGUCACCAGAGGUGAGUUCGUCUGGCAUGGACCGCAACCCAUCACCUCCACCCGCAGAUGGAGAGAAGACUGAGGAAGCGGGAGAUGCCAUAGGAGAAACCGUCUACAGCAAGCACUGGCUCUUUAGUACUCUAACCCGACUAGUCCAGAUGGUGACAAAACAUGACUCUGAAGAAUCUGACACUCCAAUGCAACUUGCUGAUGAUGAAGAGGAAGAUCUGUGUAGAGUCUGGGAUAUGGCAAUGGACAAGGAUGUAGCUGGUUUCCUGCAGGAGUUCAAAGCCGCUGAUAUCCUUCUUGGGGUGAUUGCCAAAUCCCAAUGUCCUCGCCUAACAGAGAUUUGUGUAGGAAUCCUUGGCAACAUCGCAUGUUUCCCUGAUACAUGUCUAGCCCUGAGCCAGAAUGAGGACUUGGGGAUAGUACUGUUGCUUCUGCUUGGAGACUCCGACCCUCCCACUCUGUUAGAGACCAGCAGAAUGCUGCUGACAUGUGUGUCCCAGAGAGAUGCUUGUGGGCUGUGGAUAGAGCGGAUACGACAGCAGAGCGCUGUAUGCACCAGCCUUUGUUUCAUCAUGUGCAGCUCGACCAACUUGGAUCUGCUCGUGAAGGUGGGAGAGUUGGUUGACAAGCUAUUUGACCUUGAUGAGGAGCUGAUGAAGAGCUGGAUUAUAACACAGUUGAGAGAGGCAGAUGACAGUGAAAGCCAUCUGGAUGUGGCGGCAUCUUUACUUGAGGCUGCAAAGCAGCUCAGGAGUGAAAGCCCGGGGGGAUUAGAAGUGUACCUGCAUGUGCUAGAACUCCUGACGACCACAGACGAAGGCAUGCAGAUGUUUGCGGCUCGAGGCGGGCCAGGCAAGGCGGUGUGGGACUUUCUGUGUGUGUUGGUCUGUGAGGACCUCUGCCAGCCUGACGAUCCACCGCUGGUGCUACAGGAGCAGAAGGUUCUUCUAGUCCAGGCGCUGGCAGUGCUGUCGGCCCUCUACAGGCUCCAGCCCCAGUGGAACAGCCCGAUGGGUUCAUGCCUGCCUCUGGUUGGCAGUAUUCUGCGGGUGCUGCUGUAUCACAGUGAGAUUGAGGAGAAUGAGAUACUACAAGAGAUUCAUACCCAGAGCAACGCGGGCAAAGACGUCAAACCAAAGGACGACCAGCUCCAGGCCCUGCUGGAGACAACAGCAGAGUUUCUGGCUGAAAUCCUCCACACUCUCCUCAAGGAGGACGUGGCUGAGCUGGUGCAGAGACAGUACCUGACACCGAAGAUGAUUCAGGCAGCAGUAAGCGGCCUGCUCCCUCAGUUCAAGCCGGCAGUCCAGUUGGAGCAGCUGGCUUCCUUGUUGACAGAAGCUUAUCCCCAGCUGGCCGAGGUGACGAGGAAGCGAUUGUGUGCCGGAGGCCCCGGGGAGCCAGAACACGCCCUUCAGGAGCUACAGGAGCCUGCUGAGAAACAGCCUUAGGUUGGAGCUCAUGGUCACGGAUCAAAGUGAUAUCACGUUCUGCUUUGGAUUCAUCAUAGGAGAUUUACCAGAAGGAACACUGAGAUAGUGUCUGUGUCAGUGUGUAUAUUUGAGACUUGUUUUGUUCAUUAAAUGUACAAUUUACAACGAG